CAAAUCUGGCCAGACCAGGGACGAGGGACUGUCCUCGAGGUUUACACUGUCCUGCGCCGAGGACAUCUAACAGUCAUUGACGAUCCUACUUCUCAGCUGGACCCUCCCUGACCAUACUCCGAUCACCUUGGUCACAUCAGUCAUACAUGUCGUGGCCGACAAGUGCAGGGCUUGUGUAGCUCUGAAGAGCAUCAUCCCCCAACAUAUCAAUCUAGCCCAGCAUGAACUCGUUCGAGAAGCAGGGCCUAGAUGAGGAUGCGUUUGGUGAUAAAGGCAUCUCCAGCCUCAGGACAUUUGAUGCCUUCCCCAAAACCAAGGCCAGCUACACAUCAGCGACCGCCCGCGGCGGACAGUGGACGCUUGCCAUCAUCAUCCUCUGCACAUGCCUGACCUUUACCGAAUUAAUGACAUGGUGGGCAGGCACCGAGUCUCACCAUUUCAGCGUCGAACGGGGUGUGGGCCAUGAACUUCAACUCAAUCUCGACCUAGUGGUUGCGAUGCCAUGCCACGACCUUCACGUCAACGUACAAGACGCUGCCAUGGAUCGCAUCAUGGCCGGGGACCUAUUGACCAAAGAAGACACCAAUUUCGCCAUUUGGGCCGACCCCAAGAAAUCACGCAUUAAUCUACGCAAGCAAAAAGGCAAGAAAUCAUACCAUGGCCUCCACGCAGGCGACCGCGAACGGCAACAGGCCGAAGAGGAAGACUCACACGUCACCCACGUCCUCGGACACAUGCGCGAGAACAAAGGCAAAAAAUUCGCCAAAUCCCCCCGCAUCCCACGCCAGAUGCCGCUCGACGCAUGUCGCAUCUACGGCAGUCUCGAAGGAAAUAAAGUCCAGGGUGAUUUCCACAUCACGGCGCGUGGCCAUGGGUACAUGGAAAUGGGUCUACAAACUCACCUGGACCACGCAACAUUCAAUUUCUCUCACCACAUCAACGAACUCAGUUUCGGUCCUCACUAUCCCAACUUACUAAACCCGCUCGACAAGACGUCUUCGUCGACCGAAGCCCAUUUCAUGCGCUAUCAAUACUUCCUCUCCAUCGUACCGACCAUCUACACGAAACGAAAAGUCACCACUCGUGACGGUAGUCUGGAUCCCGCGGCGGUACCUCAACCCCCGACACUGGACCUCGCACCUGACAAGACCACCAAAUCGAAAGACGGACACGUCCUCCACGUGCCGAAUCCCAAGUCGCGAGUCGACUCUAAAUCCGUCUUCACCAACCAAUAUGCAGCGACGUCGCAGUCGCGCGAAGUCGCCUCCAAUACCGUUCCGGGCGUGUUUUUCAAAUACGACAUUGAGCCGAUCCUGUUGAUCGUGAGUGAAUCACGUUCCGGGUUUCUGGGCCUAUUGGUCCGAGUCGUCAAUGUCAUCAGUGGCGUUCUUGUCGGUGGAGGAUGGCUGUUCCAAUUGACUGAAUGGGCUACCGAGGUCUGGGGUCGUAGGCUGAGACGCAGGGCGACGGGAAUGUUGGGGGUGUCUAAUGGAGAUUUGAAUGGUGGUCUGGAUCGGAAGAGAUAAAUCCGAGCAGAACGUUGGAAUCUAACAAAGACUAUUUGCCAGUCUUGAUAGUGGCAUGUUCUGCAGCGUUUUUAUGAUUUUCCUACGGAUUCUAGAGUGCAUGUGAUUCCAAUUGGCACGUACUACGACACUCGAUCACAGGAAGAGGAGGCCUGUCUCAUGAAUGGAUUGGUUACAAAAGGCACAGGGAGGGAGGAUGAAAUAGAAAGGCCAUCAGCCUAAAUUAUUGAUUCAAUCGACCAUUGGAAGACCCGGGUUGCUUGAUGAAUCAAAUCUCUUCCAAUCAGAUUGGCUCACUUUUGAUGCUACUAAAC